AUGAGUGCACCUGAUAUUGAUAAUCCAAAAUUACAUUGUAGAAUGUUAGAACAAAAAUUUCCUAAUGAAGAUGACCUUUGUUUAGUUACUGUAGUAUCUUCAAGUGAAAUGGGAACAUAUGUUGCAUUAAAGGAAUAUGAUGAUAUUCAAGGUAUGAUUCCUAUGUCAGAAUUAUCAAGAAAAAGAUAUAAACAAACUCGUUUAACACGUGUUGGAAAAGAAGAAGUUGCUACAGUUAUUCGUGUAAAUUCAGAAAGUGGAUUUAUUGAUCUUUCAUUAAAACGAACAACUCCAGAAGAAAAAUCAGCAUUUCUUACAAAAUAUACAAAGAAUAAAGAAGCACAUUUAAUUAUGAGAUUAAUUGCAAAAAAAGCUGAUGUUUCAAUGGAAGAAUUAUAUACUAUGUUUGGAUGGCCAUUAGCUAAAAAAUAUGGUACUCUUCAUGAUGCUUUUAGAAAGAGUUUAACUGAACCUGAUGUUUUUGAACCAUAUGGAAUUCCAGCUAAUAUAUUAGAUGCAUUACGUCAAACUAUUUCGCAUUAUAUGACUAUUCAACCAUUAAAAUUCCGUGCAGAUAUUGAAGUAAGUUGUUUUGCAAUUGGAGGAGUUGAAUCAGUUAAAAGAGCAUUAUUAAAAGGUGUAGAAUCAGCAGGUGAUUCAGGAUUAGUUAUUAAAUUAGUUUCAUCUCCAUUGUAUGUAUUAUUCCUUACUCUUCCAGAAAGACAAAAAGGAAUGGAAAUAAUGUAUGCUGCAGUUGCUGCUAUUAAAGCACAAAUUGAAUCUGAAGGAGGAUCUUGUGUAGUAAAAAGAGAUCCAUGUGUUGUUUCUAAAGAAGAAGAAAUUGAAGAAAAUGAAGAUACAACUGAAGAUGCUAAUUCUCAAGAUGCAGAAGAUGAAUAA